AAGACGAUUUGAUUCUAGUAUAAUGACCAACGGCUACGAAGUGCUUGAUGUUUUCAGGAUAAAAGACCUCCUCAACCAGAGGCUCAGCUUUAAGGUGCCGCUCAACUAUUUCGACAACGGUGAUUCCAGCGAGAUCACAGUUGUAGCUAAUCUUACUCAGACUUAUAAGAAAGAACUCCAUUCUGACAGUCAAAAAUUGGCCCAGGAAGCUAUUUUGCCAAAGGAGUCUCGGGUUAUUUGCUAUGUUCAAGGUGGGCCGGGUUUUCCGUGUACAGCUCCGUUGUCCAAGUCUAGUUACACCCAAGUACUUCUUGAGAAGGGCUUCCAAAUUCUUUACUUGGACCAAAGAGGUACCGGGUAUAGUACUCCGUUAGACGGCGAAACAUUCGAAACAUUGGUACCUGCAGAAGAGGAAGAGACCGAAGAAGAGCACACUAACAGACAAUUGAAGUACAUUCUCAACUUCAGGGCAGAUUCGAUUGUGGAAGACUUGGAAUCGAUCAGAAAAAUCUUGUUGGGGAAAGAUGGGAAAGUUUCGCUAUUGGGCCAAUCUUUUGGUGGAUUCUGUUCCUUUACUUAUAUGUCGAAACAUCCAGAAUCAUUGCGUGAGGUUGCGGUGACAGGAGGAGUGCCACCAAUCAAUAGAAUUGCAGAUGAUGUUUAUACUGCUACUUACGAACGCACCAAGGAACGUAACGUCCAUUAUUAUGAUAAAUAUCCGCAAGAUAUUGCAAAAGUGAAGAACAUAUUGAAGUAUUUAUAUAGCCAUAAAGUUGUUCUACCGGAUGGAGGUAAUUUAUCUGUUGAGCGUUUCCAACAAUUAGGUAUUAUGUUUGGUUUUCAAGGCGGUACUGAUGAUUUACAUCAAGUGGUACUUAAAUUUGAUUUUGAUGUGACCCUUCUAGGAAAACCGACUUAUACUACUUUAUCUACUAUUCAAGCAAGCUAUUCGUUUGAUACGAAUAUUCUUUAUGCAUUGUUCCAGGAAGCAAUCUAUUGCGAUGGUAAUAACAAGACUUCUGCCCAAGCUAGUACCAAUUGGAGUGCUGAUAGGCUUAGAUACUCUUCUUCAAAUACACAAUUUGUUUACUCUGAAGAAUUGGUCAACUCGGAAAAACCGAUCUAUUUAACUGGUGAAAUGGUUUACAAAUCAAUGUUUGAUGAUUAUUCUGUGUUGAGAAAAUUUAAAAAGCUAGCCUUUGCUUUACAUUCUUAUAAAGAUUGGUCCUCGUUAUAUGACGUACCAGUUUUAUCAAGUCUUUCUUGGGAAAAACUACCAAUUGUUUCUGCUACAUAUGUGUACGACCAAUAUGUUGAUUUUAAUGUCACCAUGAAAGUUAAAGAAGAGGUUUUCAAAGGAAAUGGCAACUUGAAGCAAUAUAUAACCAGUGAAUUUUUCCACAAUGGUAUAAGAGCUGAUUCUGAAAAAGUUUUGGGUUCAUUACUUUCUUUAAUAGAAAAUGGUGAUAUAGAUUAG